AUGGAAGCUAACGAAAUUUCUUUACCACUUCAAACAGAUCAACAAGUUAAGAAAAAGAAACCUGUUGAAAUUCAUAAUUAUCCUAAAGAAUCCAUUAUUCAAUAUUCUGAUAGUGAGCGAAGUUAUACUUAUGAUAUUAUUAAAGAAGGAAACUAUCCACAUGCUACUUAUCUCAAAUAUACAAAAGGUCAAAAAGGUUUUCGAAUUCCAGAUAAUUAUGAAGUUAAAGUAAGUUUAAGAAAACCUAAGACAAGACAAGUAGUUCGAUGUAUGAUUAAAUAUAUGGAAAAAAAUCCAGUUUAUUGGAUAUAUUAUGGAGAUAAAUUUCAAUAUCAUGUAAAGUCAGAAAAAUCAAGCUCAAAUGCAGCAUGUUUAUAUGCUAAAGCCUUAAAUCCAGAAAUUAAAACGCGCUAUUCAGGACCACAUUUUUUUGGACUUCAUUUAGAAAUACUUCAGCAAGCAAGAGAUAUUCAUCAACGAGCAACAGUCCUAAAAUCAUUUGACAAUUUAACUUCAACUGGGCAGAAUAAUCGAGCCAAAAAAAUUGCAAAGUCUAUAUCUACAAUAUUUGAUCAAGUAACGGCAAAAGAUUGUCAUUCAGAUGAUAAUCUUAGUCUAAAAUCUAUUGAAUUUGAUAUUGGAAAUAAUUCUUUUUACCUUAGUGUAAAUAAGGAAAAUAUUGAAGAAAUAAAGCAUAAAGCAAGAGCUGCCGUUCAAGCAUGUGAUAAAGGUCAAGUAUCACGCGAAGGAUAUCGAACUUUGGCUUCAAUUAGUCAAGAUUUGCCACGUGAAUGGAAAGUUUCUGUAGAAAAAAGAGAUAUUACACGCGAAAUGAAUGAAAUUAUACCAAUUUCACUGAUAAAUAUAUUGCCAGGAUCUGAUGAUUUUGUAAAUUCGGAAAUACAUAUCAAUGAUGCUGAAAUUGUUCAUAAUAUGCAACAAUCAAUUGGAAAAGGUGGACGACGAAAUGUUGUUGAUAUUUUAAAAUAUCUAAUACCUGGUCUUAUUGAAAGGAAAAUUUUAGAUGUAAUGAAUCCAAAAAUACAUUUACGAAUCUCUGGUGAUGGGAGAAACGUUGGACGGAAGGUUAAACAGGUUAUGAUUACUUGUUCAAUUCUUGAUGAUAUUGAUAAUCUAUAUCGGCCUGAAAAUCAUUACACUAUAGUCCUCUAUCCUGGUGUUGAAAAAUACGAAACUUUAAAUAAUGUUUUAAAAUCACUAGCUAUGGAAUUGAGAAAAUUAAAAGAAGAAGGUUUUAAAGACAAUCAGAAUAUAGAGUGGAAGGUUGAACUUUAUUUCUCUUCAGAUUGGAAAUUUCUUGCAAUGUGUUUAGGAUUAAAUGCAGCAAAUAGUAGGUAUUUUUGUCCUUGGUGUGAAGUAUCAAAAGAACAACAGGGUGAUUUCUCAUAUGAAUGGACAAUCAGUAAAACCAUGGAUCAAGUACGUGAAGAUUAUACAUUUUAUAAGGGACAUAUUCGACCAGCAAUUUUUGAUAUGAUUCCUUUACAACACUGGGUGCCAGACGAAUUGCAUAUUAUGUUACGUAUUACAGAUGUUCUUUGGCGAUUAGUACUUGAUGAACUCAGAUCUAGAAAUACCUGGGGAGAAAGAGCAAGAAAUGUAAUAAUUGAAGAAAUGAAACGAAUUGAUGUUAAAUUUCAUUUUUGGCUUGAGAUAGGAUCAACUAACUGGCAAUAUACUUCUUUAAUGGGACAAGAUAAAUUAGUUGUACUUCAACAUUUUGAUUUGUCUAAACUUUUUCCAUAUUCACGAGCAGUUCAAAUUCGAAGUUUAUGGGAUAAAUUUUAUUUACUUCAUAAAGCAAUGAAAGAUUCUAAAACUGAUGCAACGCAAUUUUCUAAUGAUGCUCGUGCGUGGCUGCAUCAAUUCUUAGAUUCUAAUUACUUUUAUCAGGCAAGUGAUAUCACGCCUUAUAUGCAUGUAUUAGUGUACCAUAUUCCAGAAAUGAUGCGUAUUCAUCAUAAUUUUGGGUUAGCAGCAUUUUCUUGCUCAGCGGUGGAAAAAAAAAACCACCAACAAGUUUCUCACUUUUUUAAAAGAACAACUAAGGAUGGUGGUACCGGAAAAGGACGAAAGUCUGCAAUUAUUGAUAUUCUUGAAUAUGAAAAUAGACUUUUAUAUUUUAAAGAACAUGAUGAAAUUGACUCAAUGCAAUUGCCAAAACGUUUACGUGUUAAGUAA